AACCGGUGUGAACUCCUGAAAGACCGACUCGCUUCGAGGAAACUGGAUUUGAGCGUUUAUACAGCCUGCGAUUGCAGUAUUUGUACAUACAUGAACUUUUGAGCCUUUAAUUGAUACCCGUCGCCUUUAUCGACCUAAACCAUGGGUUUCUGGACGAGAAGACGCGAGCGCAAAGUUCCGAGCGCCGAGCGUGUUUUCCUGGCGUUCACACUGAUCGCUGAAGUGAUCCUGGUGCAAGCCGCCUCUUUCUCUUUCACCAAGGAGCCAAAAUCCCAGGAUGCCUUGCAUGGGCGCAGUGCCAUGCUGCGGUGUGAAGUAAACGACCCUCAAGGUGUCAUCUACUCCUGGAAACACAACGGAGAGAAGGUCACCGAUUCGGAGAGACGAUUCCUGGAAGGAGGCAACCUGAAAUUCAUUGCCAUUGACCGAACGCUUGACUCAGGAAACUUCCAGUGCUUUGUCUCAAAGAACAGCACUGGUGAAGAAUACCACACCGGCGAGACCUCAUUCAACAUCAAAUGGUUGGAAAGUGGCAUAGUGAGUCUGAAGAGUCCAGAAUCAGAGGCAGAGAUUCAGAGCUCCUCUCAAGUGGUACUACGGUGCAACAUAGACGGACACCCACGGCCAACCAAUCGCUGGCACAAAGAUGGAGCACUACUAUCAGAGAAGAGCUACAAAAUCAACAACAAAGACAGAACGCUUACACUGCCGAACGCCAGUCCUGACGACAACGGGGUCUACUACUGCUGUGCGAAAAAUGCAGCGGGCCAUGCGUGCAGCAAUGACAACUUCACCCUCAACAUCAUAGAUAAGAGUUUCCCUCAACCGGUGGUGAAGCCAGAAGAUUUAGUAGUCAUGAGGAACGAGGAAGCACUUUUCCACUGUCAGUUCACAGCCGAACCGCUGCCUACCGUUGAGUGGUACCAUGAGAACGAGCCGGUGGCCAACAAGAGCCGCAUCUUCAUCCUGAGCAAUGGAUCGCUCUUAAUCACUCAGGUGAAGCAACGAAACACAGGCCUGUAUAAAUGUGUGGCUCAAGGGCCCCGUGGCCCCCCUGUGUCUCUCGAGGCCUCUCUGCGAAUUGCAGAAAUCGAGGAAAUGAUGCCUAAACAGUCCCGAGUGUUUACCGCAGACUCUCUGGAGCGGGUGACGUGUCGAGCGCCCCACGGACACCCCGAGCCAGAGGUUUGGUGGGAACACGCGGGACAGCGAGUUCCAGCCGAGGGACGAGUGCACCAGGACGGACUAGACCUGAUUUUCUGGCCCACUCGUGGCGAAGACUCAGGAACCUACACCUGUUUUGCACAAAACAAGGCUGGACAGAGGAAACAAGAGUUGACUGUCACUGUCGCAACCAAACCGGAGUGGAUCCAGAAACCCGCGGACAGUCAGCUGGAGGAGGGGCGCGCUGGAUACCUGCACUGCCACACACGCGCCACACCUGAACCCGAGGUCACAUGGUACCGCAACAUGCAGCCAAUCAGCGCAGAGGACGUUCGCUUCAAGCUCUUCUCGAAUGGCACGCUGCGUAUAAAUAACGUGGAGGUGUACGACGGCCACCUGUACAGCUGUGAGAGCAAAACGGAGGCGGGAAAACUGAACGCCCAGGCGCGGGUGUAUGUGCUUGAGCGUCUGAAGUUCACGCCGACGCCGCAGGCCUACCAGUGCCUGGAGCUCAAUAAGGAAGGACAUCUGCAGUGUUCAGCCAAGGGCCGACAGAUCCCGACCAUCCGCUGGAUCAGGACAGACGGCAGUGAUAUCCCUGUUGAUAAAAUCGCCGUGUUGACUUCAGAGAAGGAGAGGCACAUCAAAUUGUCUUGCGCUGGGAUCAAAAGCGACGCUCUUUCUAAAAACCCUGGUGUUUACCGUGUGCAUUUUAUGUGUUUGUGGUCAUCUACAGAAAAACCAGUUCAGCACUCAUUAGCAGAUGAUGAAAAGACCCCUUACAAAAUGAUCCAGACUAUCGGUCUGUCGGUGGGGGCGGCCGUGGCCUACAUCAUCAUCGUGCUGGGCCUCAUGUUUUACUGCAAGCAGAGGCGCAAUGCCAAGAGAGUCCAGAAGGGGCAGGACGGAGACGAGCGAGAGCUGGAAUGUCUCAACGGAGACGUCCAACAGAACGGCCACACCACAGCAGAGAUCCAGGAGGAGGUGGCGCUCACCAACAUGGCUGCCAGCGGGAUCAACAAACGCCACAGCAGUCACGACAAGCUCCACUUCCCCCGAAACAACCUGCACACCAUCACCACACUGGGUAAAGGAGAGUUUGGUGAGGUGCUGCUGGCCAAAGCGAAGGCCGCUGAGGAUGAGGAGGAGACGGUGGUGCUGGUGAAGAGUCUGCAGGCACGCGACGAGCAGAUGCAGUUGGAUUUCCGUCGCGAGUGUGACAUGUUUGCUAAGCUCAGCCAUGCUAACGUCGCUCGUCUGCUGGGCAUCUGUAGAGAAGUGGAGCCGCACUACAUGAUCCUGGAGUACACUGACAUGGGUGAUCUGAAGCAAUACCUGCGAGUGUCCAAGAGCAAAGAUGAGAAAGUCAAAGUCCAGCCACUCAGCACCAAGCAGAAGGUAUCGGUGUGUCUGCAGGUGGCUCGAGGGAUGGAGCAACUGUCAAACCAGCGCUUCGUCCACAAAGACCUAGCUGCACGCAACUGCCUGAUCUCCUCCAAACGACAGAUCAAAGUGUCUGCUCUGGGCCUUAGCAAAGACGUCUACAACAGCGAGUACUACCAUUAUCGCCAGUCCUGGAUUCCUCUGCGUUGGCUCCCGUCUGAAGCCGUCUUUGAGGACGAUUUCUCCACCAAGACGGACGUGUGGUCAUUUGGGGUGCUCAUGUGGGAGGUCUUCAGCUUUGGGGAGCUGCCUUACGCCGAGCUCGCGGAUGACAAAGUUCUAGAAGCUCUGCAGGAAGGGAAGCUGAAGUUGUCUCCUCCUCAGGGGUGUCCGUCUCGGGUCUUCAAGCUGAUGGUGCGCUGCUGGGCCGCCAGCCCCAAAGACAGACUGUCUUUCAGCGACAUCGCCGCCGCACUCAGCGAUCUGCCCUCUGAAAGUAAAGUGUGAGAGAACUGGAUCGUCCUGCAAGCCAUGGUUCAAAAACCUAAAUGUUCAGAUUCAGUGUCUUGCCUCAAGAACAAAAGGAAUUGGAAUUUGUUAUAUUUUCCACCAUUUCUUCCUUAUAUAUAUAUAUAUAUAUGUAUGUGUGUGUUUUAAAAUGUUUUAGAAGGUUCCUCAAACAUUUGGUUCUUAAUGGGGUUUGUACCAAAAGCUGCCCUAUCACUUCUCAGUUUGAGUUUGCCCACUCAAAACGAUGAAAUAUAGUAAAAUAUAGUGCGUUUGUAAUAGCAAACCAUGCACUGACCAAUUUUAUAUUUUCGAAGGAUUGUCUCGGGAGCCUCUUAAUUUAUUUAAAAGGUCCUGUUUGUUCAAUGUACAGAAAGGUACUGUUUAUAUGACUUUUUAUGUUUAUGACCUUUUUAUAUAAUUCAGAAGUACUCAUAGAAACAGACUGUUGAGAAAACUAUGUUUAUAAGAUGAAUACAUUUCAAAUUUCAAGUGCCUGUAAAAUGAAGGAUGUCUUGAUUUUAGUACGCUGUAUGUUACGACUUGGAAAGCCUUGAAUGUUUUUUUUUUUUUUUUUUUUACAUAAAUAUAUAUAUACAUUUAUAGUGUUUUAUUGCUUAGUAAAGAGUUCAGUGUUUUAUCUUGUAAUUGCUACCCACACGUUACAUAUCGGUUUCUAUAAAAAUUCAGAGGUAUUCUUGAAAAUACCUUGUUCACAAAAAAAUAGUGAACAAAUGC